GUGAAAUUUCCAGGCUCUUAUCAUAUCAAUUCUCUUAAAUUUGCUCACUUCUUCCCCUCUCUACAAAAUAUCUUUCAAAUCGUACCAUUUACGGAGAAACGGUGCACGCAGAGACAAUGGGCAAUACAAAUUCGUUGUGUGGGCGUAAAGGAUUUUACAACAAGGAAACUUUGAUAAGUUCUGUUGGCAACAACUCAUCUCACGAUGGUAUUAGAACCAUACAAGCUGUUAAGAGUUGUAGCUUUUCUAGAAAAUCAGAUCUUUGUAUCCGUAUCAUCACAUGGAACAUGAAUGGAAAGGUUUCGUAUGAAGAUUUGGUUCAGCUUGUUGGCAAAGACAGAGAUUUUGAUUUGCUUGUCGUUGGCGUGCAAGAGGCCCCCAAAACCAAUGUAGCUCAACUUUUGCAGACAGCUUCAUCUCCAACUCAUGUGCUUCUUGGAAAAGCGAAAUUGCAAUCGAUCCAGCUAUUUUUGUUUGGACCAAAGAAUUCACAACCACUAGUAAAAGAAUUAAACGCGGAGAGUCAAUCGGUUGGAGGAUGUGGGGGUUUAAUUGGAAGAAAGAAAGGAGCUGUGGCUAUUCGUAUUAACUACGAUGAUAUCAAAAUCGUUUUCAUCUCUUGUCAUCUCUCUGCUCACGCAAAUAAAGUAGAUCAGAGAAAUGAAGAGUUGAGGCGCAUAUCAAAUUCACUAUUAUCAAAAGACAAAAGGACACAUGACCUCAUUGUUUGGCUUGGAGAUCUUAAUUACAGGAUCCAAGAUGUCUCUAACCGUCCUGCUCGAUCUCUUAUCCAUAACCAUCUUCAAUCUGUUCUUGUGAGUAAAGAUCAGCUAUUGCAAGAAGCUGAGAGAGGUGAAAUAUUCAAGGGAUAUUAUGAAGGAACUCUAGGGUUUAAACCGACUUACAAAUACAAUGUGGGAAGCAGUAACUACGAUACAAGCCACAAGGUCAGGGUUCCAGCUUGGACAGACAGGAUCUUGUACAAGAUUCAAGAUACCAAAAAUAUUCAAACAACUCUUUACUCUUAUGAUUCCAUAGACCAAGUGAAUGGUUCCGAUCAUAAGCCUGUGAAAGCUGAUCUUUGCUUGAAGUGGAUCAACAGUUAAAUGAAUGGUUUUUGUCAGGGGUCAAAAUAAUGUAUUGUUGCUAUGUUGAAUGUAAAUAGUAAGCAACAUUUUGCGUUUUUUAAAGCUAUUAUUAUAUCUGUAUUUUUCAAUGUAAGGUUUGCAACUCUUUCUUGUAUGUGUUUCAAUGAUCAUUCUCUACGUUAUC